GCGCACGCAGCCGCAGUAGUCAGAGCCGGCUGUGAGGUCUGUGGCACGAGUUAAAAUGGCGGAACGCGGCUACAGCUUUUCUCUCACCACUUUCAGCCCUUCUGGAAAACUUGUUCAAAUUGAAUAUGCUUUGGCAGCUGUUGCAGCAGGAGCUCCAUCAGUUGGAAUUAAAGCUGCAAAUGGUGUGGUACUAGCAACAGAGAAAAAGCAGAAAUCUAUAUUGUAUGAUGAACGGAGUGUACACAAAGUGGAACCUAUUACUAAACACAUAGGCUUGGUAUAUAGUGGCAUGGGCCCUGAUUACAGAGUACUUGUUCACAGAGCACGUAAACUGGCUCAGCAGUACUACUUGGUUUAUCAUGAGCCUAUUCCAACAGCUCAGCUAGUGCAGAGGAUCGCUUCUGUGAUGCAAGAAUACACUCAAUCUGGAGGUGUACGUCCAUUUGGAGUGUCGCUAUUGAUAUGUGGAUGGAAUGAAGGGCGACCAUAUUUAUUCCAGUCUGAUCCAUCUGGAGCAUACUUUGCAUGGAAAGCAACUGCAAUGGGGAAAAACUAUGUAAAUGGAAAGACAUUUCUUGAGAAAAGAUACAAUGAAGACUUAGAGCUUGAAGAUGCUAUCCAUACUGCUAUCUUGACAUUAAAGGAAAGUUUUGAAGGACAGAUGACUGAAGAUAACAUAGAAGUUGGCAUCUGUAAUGAGGCAGGAUUUAGAAGACUCACUCCAACUGAGGUUAAGGAUUAUCUGGCUGCAAUCGCCUAAUCUGGAUUGAUGAGAACAUACAACUGCUCUCAUUUUUUAACUUCAUUUAUAUUAGUGGCUUCUGAUUUUAAUUUCUUUGUUAAUCCUGUAGAUUUUUUUUUUGAAGGAAUAUGGAUUCAUAUGCCACUGAAAUGUGAAACUAAUUAAAAUAUUAAACAAUGUACAAGAAUAUUUACACAAUCUAAAAAAAUAUAAAGAUUGAUAUAACUUCUGAUUAAAUUUCCAAAAUACUUCAUUAUACU